AUUUGAACACGAGAGCGAAUGAACUGCUAAUCAUCUUGACAGAGGUGGUGGUGGUUUUCGCAUGCGUUGAAAUCGGGAGGGUGGAUAACUCUUCAAUCAACCCGGAAUUCUUCGAAAUCGAACGCAAUCUUAUAAUAUUCAAACUGUAGACAAUGACGAAUUCGGCCUAUAGACUCCAACAAAGCCCGUACAACUACGAAUCCUCCUCUCAGAUUCCCAGAUAUUCAUCUUCUGUCUUCACCCCUCCAUAGAGAUUUUCAUUUCUUCAUCCCUCGUCCAUGGCGUCUCUCAGCUUCAGCUCUCAGAUCCGACCCCAAAACUCCUCCUGGGCCGAGCUCCGGUCGACGCCGAAACCGGGUUCCGGGAGGUGUGCCGGGAGAGUCGGCCUGAAAGUGUUCGCUUCCCAGGCCAGCGCCGAGCCCGAUCUUACCGUCACUGUCAAUGGGUUGAAGAUGCCGAACCCGUUCGUGAUAGGGUCGGGCCCGCCGGGGACCAACUACACCGUCAUGAAAAGGGCCUUUGAUGAAGGCUGGGGCGCCGUCAUCGCCAAAACAGUAUCACUGGAUGCUGCAAAAGUUGUAAAUGUUACUCCGCGGUAUGCUCGGCUUAGAGCAGGAGUAAAUGGUUCAGCUAAAGGGCAAAUUAUCGGUUGGGAGAAUAUUGAACUCAUAAGUGAUAGGCCUCUUGAAACCAUGUUGAAAGAGUUCAGGCAAUUGAAGGAAGAGUAUCCUGACCGGAUACUUAUUGCUUCUAUCAUGGAAGAGUACGACAAGGCUGCGUGGGAGGAACUCAUUGACCGGGUCGAGCAGACUGGAAUUGAUGCUCUUGAAAUCAAUUUCUCAUGCCCCCAUGGCAUGCCAGAGCGUAAAAUGGGUGCUGCAGUUGGGCAAGAUUGUGCACUUCUGGAGGAAGUUUGUGGAUGGAUUAAUGCCAAAGCCACUGUCCCUGUCUGGGCAAAAAUGACUCCAAAUAUUACUGACAUUACACAGCCAGCUAGGGUGGCUCUGAGAUCAGGAUGCGAAGGGGUAUCGGCCAUAAACACGAUCAUGAGUGUCAUGGGAAUCAACCUCAGUACCUUGCGCCCAGAGCCUUGCGUCGAGGGGUAUUCAACUCCGGGUGGCUAUUCUUGCAAGGCAGUUCAUCCUAUUGCACUUGCAAAAGUGAUGAAUAUUGCACAGAUGAUGAAGGCUGAGUUCGGAGACAAGGGUUACUCACUUUCUGGUAUUGGAGGUGUUGAGAAUGGUGGUGAUGCUGCUGAAUUUAUUCUUCUUGGGUCCAACACAGUUCAGGUUUGCACUGGCGUUAUGAUGCACGGCUAUGGUCUCGUUAAAAAGCUUUGCUCAGAGCUGCAGGAUUUCAUGAAGAUGCACAAUUUUUCAUCAAUAGAAGAUUUCAGAGGGGUUUCUCUUCCAUAUUUUACGACCCACAUGGAUUUGGUGAGGAGGCAACAAGAAGCAAUUCAACAGAGGAAAGCUGAGAGGAAAGGGUUGCAAUCAGAUAAAGACUGGACUGGAGAUGGGUUUGUGAAUGAAAGUGAAAGUAUGGUUUCCAACUGAUUUAUUGUGGCAGCCAGACUUCUUCCCCUUUUAUUUAUGUUGGAAGCUCUAUAGCUAGGUUUGAGCCGAAAGAGUGGACCAAAUGUUGAAAAAGCCAAGAUGACGAUCAAAUUGUUUGUUUAAGCUGGUUAAAAGGUGAUCCCAAGAUAAGGAAUUUUCAGCUCAUUCCUCAUGUGUAUGUAGUGUUUCCAGACAAUAAGUGGUUCUUCUUCCACAGGCAUUUCAGUAAUCAUCUGAACUGGAUUCUGUUUCAUGAUAAUGAAAUAUUAUAAAUGCGCUCCCUGUGCAGAAAGUUUCUCUCUA